AUGAUUGUGGAGUGUUUUCCUACGUCGAUAAGCAACUUCACAAGUGCGCAUCUUGUUGAUAUUGGCAAUUGCAUCAAGCUUUUCAUCUUCUUCUUCCUCUUCCACUCCAUCUCCCUCAUCCUCCUCUUCAACUCCUCCUCCUCCUCCUCCGAUCGCCACACCCUCGCUUGCUGCCGGUCAUGGAUCCCUUCUCUCUGUUCUCUUUCGGGAUCAUUUUGGGCGAUACGGUACAAGACCAACACGGAGGGCCACCUGGAGAAGUUGAUGGAGAGGGAGAAGGAGGACAAGAAGCUUCUCGGGAAAUGUAUCGAGGAGUUAAAGAAGAAGGGGCUGGAGUUUGAUCUGUUGAAGGAGGUGGAUGCGCUGAGGAGGGCCAAGAGUAUGAGGGUGGAGGCCAAAGUGGUCAAUAAGUGGUCUGCUAGGGACUUUGUGACUCUGUUUUUCUUUGUUGUUUCUUGCUAUGCUUGCUCUACUCACGGUGAUGCAAAGCUCGCGAAACUUGCAGCUAAGGAGCUAAUUGAUGUUGAACCGUGGGAUCUGUUGUGAGGAGGGAGAUUGAGUACUUUGGCAAGGUUGAGCUUGACUGGUGUGGAAGCUGAGUGAAGUCCCGGG